CAUUCAUCAUUCAUUCACCGGUGUGAGUGGCACCGGGGGCAAAGGGUGAAGUGUCCUGCCCAAGGACACAACGGCAGCGACUUUGAUGGCAAUAGGUGGGAAGCGAACCUGCAACCCUCAGGUUUUUGGCACGGCCGCUCUACCCACUACGCCAUGCCGCCCCAUUGUAAAAUAAGUUGUUACAGUCCUGAUCUUCUAAAUACACUGGAAGACCAGGUUUGAAUACAAUCUACAUUUAGUGGUCAAUUGUAGGGAAUAUGUACUGUACUGUGCAAUCUACUAAUAAACGUUUCAAUCAUUCAACCAAUUAUCAUUACCUUUGCUUUUUGAGUAACGACAACUAUUUGGACUUCUUUCUUGCUUUGACAAAAUCCAUUCAUUCACCAAUAAGUCAUCUGCUGUCAUUGGUGUUAUUUUCUUCCAACUUUGGCAUAUCUCUGUGUUGUGGCACUGUGCUCUUAUUGUGAAGCGAUAUCCUGUAACUUCCGGUUUCCGGAGUCGUAAAGUCACGUGACGUUCAGUUUUGGUCGCUUGCGGUGUUAAAUGUUUUAUAAACGCUGCUUGUCAGUAUUGAUCAUGUUCCUUCCUCAUAACAGAACAUGUAAUAUUACACACCUAAUCACCACAUGAAAUACAUAAUGCAUGUUUUCCUUUUUUCCAUGCUUUUACUUUGUAGUUUUGCUUUGUUUCGAUAGUUUCGAUGUUUUUUUUAUUAUUAUUAUUGUCACCUUUGACUUUUUUUAUUGAACAACAAACAUAUCCUCCAUGUAUAUAAAAGUCAAGGCAAUUUCAACAAUUUACAGAUCAAGUUUCGACACGAAAGCGUGACCCGGAAACGAAAAGAAAAGACUUCCGGGAAAGACUGCCGCUCGUUCGCUCGCUGACCUCGUCGUGUUCUUCUGCGAACUUUAUACGAAGUGAAAAGGGAAUAAAGUUCAGUGAGCAUUGUUAGCGUCACGACAUGGGCGUGCACGCGCAACUGGCCGCCGUCAUGGAGUCGCUCGUGCACGCCGCCGUCUCUCAGCUCCGGAAGCUGGAAGAGGAAGCAAAAGAAUCCGAAAAGGAAGAGGAGCGGGGACAGAAGGUGUGCUUCGCCGCCGUCAUGGAGACUCUGGCCAAUGAGGCGCUUGGGAGGAUGGUCAACAUUGUGGAUGUCCACCUGUCGGAGGCGGAGUCCAAGCUGCGCUUUGUCAGCAUGCUCCACCAAAAUGGCGUCGAGGCGGAGCAUUCGUACAGCGCCCCUGCAGCCGGUCAGGACGCCUCGCCGCUCGCUCAGGAGGAACUUGGUCACGCAGAAACGCCGUUGAUCCUGGCUGUCACCAUCGAAGACCCUGCCGCCAUCGCCGAGCGCGUUGAGGCGAGCUCGGACUCGGAGGAGUCGCCGCAGGAGGGUGGCAGGAAGUCGAUCACGACUCGGGGCGGCGGGCAGCAGCACGUGUGCCGGCAGUGCGGGAAAUGUUUCGCCAAAGCGGCGCAGCUCAAGACGCACGCCGUGGUGCACACGGGUGAGAAGGCCUUCGCCUGCGACCUCUGCGGCCGGCGCUUCACCCUCAGACAGAACUUGCGGCGACACGCCCACAGCCACACGGGCAGGAAGUUCUUCACGUGCGGCGUGUGCGGCAAAGGCUUCACGCGCGCCGUCACGCUCAGGACGCACCAGCUGAUCCACACGGGACAGAAGCCCCUCAAGUGCCAGCACUGCCACAAAAGCUUCCGCCACGCCGUCAACCUGAAGACCCACCUGAGGGUGCACAGCGACGCCCGGCCCUUCGCCUGCGACGUCUGCGGCAAGACCUUCCGCCAGGCCUUCAACCUGAAGAUCCACGGCCGCGUCCACACCGGCGAGCGGCCGUAUUGCUGCCGGCUGUGCGGCAAGACCUUCAGCCAGCAGAGCAGCCUGAACACGCACGGCCGCACGCACUCCUCCGAGCGACCCUUCGCCUGCGCCUCCUGCGACAAGAGCUUCAACAACGCCAACAGCCUCAAGCUGCACGUACGCGUGCACACCGGCGAGAAGCCCUACGCCUGCGACCUGUGUGCCAAGACCUUCAGCCAGGGCAGCCAUCUUCGCACUCACAAGAGCCACCUGCACGCCGGCGGCAAGCGCUACAUCUGCGACAAGUGCGGCAAGCGCUACGCCGACCCACGCAACUUGAAAAUGCACAAGUGCGGCUACGCCUGACUGCGUGCGCCUUUGGGAGGAGUCUUGGAUGGAUGCUGCCAGGGCCCGGAUGGACUUUGGGAGGAGUUACAUAUACUGUAAUAUUGUAUAUAUCAUAUAAAAAUAUAAUGUAUCAAUAUAUAUUAUAUACUGUAUAUGCAAAUAUUACAUAUACAGCAUGUCAUAUUUUAUAUCAUUGGUAUAUGGUACAUUUUUGGUCUACUUUAUACCCACAUCAUCUUUUCCAUCCUUACUCUUUCCAUCCGUUGUAAGUCAGCUACUAUGUGGAAUAAUUUCCCUUGUGGAUCACUGCAGUUUGUCUAAGUCUCAGUGGGACUAAUAAAGUGUACUUUGUGGCUAAAAAGGUGUGAUGUUUGGUGAAAGAGGAACUACUAAAGUGUACUUUGUGGCUAAAAAGGUGUGAUGUUUGGUGAAAGUGGGACUACUAAAGUGUACUUUGUGGCUAAAAAGGUGUGAUGUUUGGU